GCAGUGUUCCCCCGAUUCCUGCCGCUCUGCGCUGCGUAUAUCGUCGUGGGCUCGCUGCCUCCACCGAAUCCCGUUCGCGCUUUUGGGUCCCAGUGCGGGUGGCAGCCGGCUGCGACCGCCGUAUCAUGUGGAGCCAUCAAUCGUGGAACCAUCCGCCUUUCCCCUGAAUCCAGAAAGUUUCGUAGCGACUUGAGGUAACCACGGCGACUUGAUCCUCCAGUUCGCGCCGGAUCCCAGGGCAAGCAAUGUCGCUGAAUGGCUUGGAUGAUGUCAAAGUCAAGGAGGCAUAUGAGACUGCCGCGGCGGAACCAGGGGGAUGGUUCCUCCUGAAAUACGCUUCUCGAGAUGAAGUAGAUCUGCUGGGCCGAGGGAACGGAGGCAUCGUGGAGAUCCGGAACGCGAUUGCACAAUACGACGAGCCCUCGCCGCUAUUUGGCUUCCUGCGGUACCGACGAAGAAACGUUGUCAUCAAAUACGUGCCCGAGGAGUGCUCCAGACUGAUCCAAGCACGCACCGCGGUUCAUUUCAACGCCGUCACGGAACGAUUCUCCCCUCACGACACGGUCUUUCCCAUAACCACAGCCAAAGAACUCCGGGACACAGCACUGUCUGCUGCAUGUUCACUUCAUACCGCGUCUGGUUCUACAACGUCCUCCACGAGCUCUUUGCGGAGGCGCCGGUUGAUGGAAAUAGCUGAGGACGACGAAGAGGAAAACAAACGACAGUCAACGGUCCCAGAAGAACGCCCUCCUGCCCAAGAAGAUACUGACGCUCCCCCGCCAACUUCUCCUCCGCCUGAUCAAUCCACGUUCCCCGACGCCGAAGAAUCACAAGCAACGCGCGAACGACGCGGUUCUGAAGAUCAAUCUGCCCCACAUACAGUCGAAGAGCCUCGACAAUCUUCCCAAUCCGCACGACCCGAACUGUACAGCUACACAUCACACGGUUCGACCGGGAAGCCAAAGGUAAAACUUGGACCGCGCCCUUCGCUCGACGCUGCGGGCAGACCACAUACUUCUGGCACAUCAUCUCACUAUCGUCCUGUUUCUACGCUUCCAGCAGGGCUCAAAUUGUUUUCUAGGGAUUCAAAGACCAAGAAAGAGAGACCGAAAUCCCAGUACACUCCAGAGCCCAGCAUGAUGGCCUCUCUCCCUCCAAUUCCCGACUCGCCGGGACAAUCUAUACCACCUCGACCCCAUACGAGUGGCGGACGCCCAUCUACAAGCUCUGGCGCUUCAAUCAGGCCUUCGAUAGCAAUCUCGAUGAACUAUCCAAAGUCACCUACCAUAACUCCCGAAAAAGCGCGAUUAAUGAAAGCUUUGGAACUUCGAAAGAAACAAAUGAGCGCUGCAGCUCCCACCACAGAACACCUUUCGCCAACCGUGAAUGAUGGCCCGGAUUAUGGAACAAUUGAAAGUCACAGAGCAUCAGAUGGUGCACCGAAGGAGGUUCAUGACACAUUGGCUAUGCUAAAUGAUAUGGCUAAGGAGGAGGAAUCCGGCAUGGCUCUUGAUGCUCAGUCGGUAAUGAAGACCGAUGAGAGUGAUGCUACAAGGUCAGAUUCGUAUCCCGUGUCUCCCGAUGGGCCUUCGGAACGGGCCGAAUCCACAAGAGCCUCUUCCGUUUCAGAGUCCACCGAUGGAACCGUCCAGGGACGAUCCAGCGGCAAGGAAAUAUUGGCAAAUGAUGAACCAACUUCCGGGGCUGCGCCAGAUGAAUCAUCAACAAGACAGGGACCUCCAGACAUCUUCCAAAAUAGUGCCUCAAAUAAUGAAACAUCCUCGAUCGAGGAAUACCCACGCCUUCUACCCGUCGCAUAUCAACCGGAUUCGAGUCCCUCAUUCGUUUCACAAGGGAAUGUAAAGGAGCCUGAACCAGUCCCAGAGCAAGUUCAGGCAGAAACGAGUGCCGACACUAAGGAGAUUAGAUCGGAAAUCAAGGAUGCGUUCGAAAAUGAUGUGCCUCCAAGUCCUCCUAUCAGUGCCGUUGAUGAACGAGGUUCGCUGCCCCAGGAUCUCUUACAAAACACUGUCGAAGAACCAAGCUCUAUGCCACUUGCAGAACCCGAUCCUGUUCCUGAACCGGCAGUGGAAGUCGGUGUCAAAGAAUGGAAGGUCCCGAGGUCCAAGUUCAGUGUUCAGGACCUCAGGGCCACGUCAGAAGCCCACUCUAGUCCACAAGAGCAGUUACCGCCUUCUACAAGCAGGAAUACUCUAAGCCCUACCCCUCUGUCUCCCACCGGAAGCACCUUUUCAGUUGAAACCCGGAUGUCAGCCAAUGGAGACGAGCAAGAAGGCGGCCAUAGAGUGAGACGGAUAAAACGUAGAGCUUUUGUCGAUCCAAUACGAACCGAUAUCGACGUGGCUGACAUGAGUGCCGCCAACUCAGAGGCUAACUUCUCCUCAGAUGACGAGCUGAUGGAUGAGCUACAAUCAGCUGUCUUUCAAGAAGCAAAGCCCGUCACAGUCUCGAAGUCACCAAUUAGUCCUGUAUUUCCAAGUCUCGACAACAGCAGCGAUGGCAAGCGAUCUCCUCGUGCAGUCUCUAACCCGGUGAAGAAAGACAACAGGGAUUCUCAGUUCCUUUCUCCCCCAACCCUACUCAAAUCUGAAACUUGGCGUUCUGUCUCUGCUUCUUCCGCCCCUGCGAAUCAUACCAACCAGCAAUCCACUAGGCCCAUAGCAAAGAAGGUCAAUCUCGGAUCCGGGAUUUCACAAAGAAUCAAAGCGCUCGAAAGAUUGUCUAAUCAUGCUCCCGAACCAACACAGACAGCACCUGUCGCUGCAGCUACAUUCUUUGCUGUCCGAAAAGGAAGUGGCUCGAAAACGCCAUCCGUUGCAGAUCGAGCCAGUUCGCUGACUCGACACACUCCAUCUCCCCCGGUAUCUCAAGAAUCCUCCCCCCCAAAACCUCUUACGCUCCACAGCAGAUCAGCCUCUGCUCAAAACCGGAUGAGCGCUAUUGUCCCAAGCUCGAAUCCCAUGGCCCAACCAACGAAGUCACGGCCCGAAUCAGUAUCGGUCACGGCUCGGAUUGUCCGAGAUCCAAGCCAGCCAUUUCCGACAAAACCUGAUAUUGGCAAAAACCCUUCGGAAUUCAAACCACUAGAACUCGAGCAAUCACCUCUUGUUAUAGAUCACCAAAAAGCGGUUGUCACUGCUUUAAAAGAAAACGUCAAAGAAAAUGUCGAAGAGAGACGGUUAUCUAACUCGUCGAAAUCUUCGAAAAAUGGCAACAGCACUGACCGAAGGUCUUCGAUGACUAUUGUGAGAGACUUCAUUAAGGAGGGCCGUACUUCAUUUUCUGAACACCGUCGUUCCAUGACUAUCGACACAUCUAUCUCAUCCUCAUCCGACUUAACCUCACGCCCACCUUCAACCCAUGCAAAUAAGAAUUUUGGUAGUUCAUCAUCAAUCAAAAGUCGGAGAUCCAGUCGGGAUAUGGGACAUCCGCCAACAACUGCCAGUUCUUCUUCUUCCACUAGUGACGAGAAAGUUGACAAGAAGUCGAAUCGAGCAAGUCGUAUGCUUCGACAAAUGUCAUCUUCAAUCUCCUCUAGUCGCAAAGCGCUUGCACAUGCCAUCUCACCUACCGUCCGCGAGGAAUCCGAACCCCCUUCAACUCAGGCAUCCCAAUCCCAGCAUUCAUCGCAACCCUCACAAUCUUCCCUCACCCCAACUAUUACUACUAUAGACAUUGGCGAUGUUAAUGUUCAAUUUCCCGACACCCUGCUUUGGAAGCGUCGCUCGAUGCUGCUCGAUUCACAAGGCUACCUUAUCAUGUCUCCCGCUCUCCCUGCUAGUGGAAAUCCAAAAGACAAAAGGAAUGUUGGCGCUACUCGACGAAUUCACCUUAGCAAAUUCAAAGCACCAAUUAUUCCAGAUGUCGAAAUGCAAGAACUACCGAAUAGUGUGGUAUUGGAUUUUGUGGAAGGCGGUGAAUUGCAGAUUGCUUGUGAGGAUCGAGGAGGUCAGGGACGGGUCUUGAGUAUCCUUCAAGAAGCACACCGCACCUGGACGAGCUAGAGUGGAUAACACUAGGGCACAUAACACCUUGACGGAACCCCCUUCCCUUUUGUGGCAUACAUUGGCAACUGCCCACUUUUGUUCAUAUAUUCUCACACUCCUUCGAAACCCCUUUUUACGCUGUUAACGAAGAUGCAUGCAGCCCACGUACAUUGAUUGCAUAUGGAGGAAAGCAAGCCCCGUUACAGAUCCCUCGAUCACAAAAUUUGUUUGAAUAUUCGUGUUAUGUAAAUACUUCAAUAUUGCCAUACACCGCAUGAA